AUGAAAGAUGAUAGAAGUUCUCUCAUAGUUUUUAUAAAAGAUGAUGAUGGCUUUGAUACACAUCAAAUGAUGGAUAGUGAUUACUAUCCAGAUGGAUAUUUAUCAUUACUCGAAUUGUGCUGCUAUCAUGGAGCUGUUGAUUGCUUUAAAAUUUUUAGAACAAAAUUCAAUUUCAAAAUCACAAAAAGAUGUCUUGAAUUAGCAUUUAUAGGAGGAAAUCCAGACAUCAUGAGUGAGUGUCUGAAAGUCAACAAACCAUACAAAAGAUGCAUGAAAUAUGCAAUUGCUUCACAUAACAUUGACUUUGUUUGUUAUUUAAUGAAUGAACACAAUAUUGACAUUGACUUAAAAUAUUGCUGCAAAUUCAAUAAUCUUCAGGCGUUUUUAGUUUAUUUAGAUCAAACUAAUAAUAUUAACGAUUGUUUUAUUUAUUCACCAAUGUUUAAUAUGCCAUCUCUUUGUGAAUAUUUGAUUUCUCAUGGCGCAGAUGUCAAUACGACAAAUCCCAAAAAUCAAACUACUCUUCAUCUUGCUGCCAAACAUUCCAACAAAAGAGUAGUUGAAUUUCUUAUUUCACAUGGUGCAAAUAUCAAUGCAAAAGAUUCAAAUGGAAGAAUAGCUCUUCAUUCUGCAAUCACUUAUCCUACUUUUAAUUUAGAAAUCAUUGAAUUCCUUGUUUUGCAUGGUGCUGAAAUUAACGCAAAAGAAAAUAAAUAUGGUUAUACUCCUCUCCAUAAGUCAACAUCAGAAACGAUGACCGACAUCGCAGUAUUUCUUAUUGAACAUGGUGCAGAUAUUAAAUCAACUGAUAUAAAAGGACAAACUCCACUCCAUCAUGCAGUUGACUACAAUAAUGUAGAACUUGUCAAAUUACUUAUUUCUAAAGGGGCAGAAAUCGAUGCACAAGAUUUAAAUGGCGAAACGGCUCUGCAUCUUGCUGCAUUGAAUGGUAACACGAAAAUGGUUGAAAUUCUUCUUAUAAAUGGUGCAAACGUUAAUGCAAAAAAUGUAGAUGGAGUUACUGUUCUUCAAAAAGCAUCGGUCAGUUAUUAUACAUAUUAUGAAACAAAUAGAGAAGAAAUUGAUAAAACAAAUGUCGUUGAAUAUCUUAUUUUAUAUGGGGCAAUUAUCAAUGAAACCGAUAAUAGUGGUGAUAUGGCCCUGCAUUAUGCAGCAUUCAGUAAUAACAUAGAAGCCAUUAAAUUACUUCUUUUAUAUGGCGCCAUUGUUGAUGCCAAAGAUAAAGAUGGAUGGAGUGCUUACAAAAUUGCAGAUGCCAGAAGGUAUAAUGAAAUAAUUGAAAUUUUGACCAAAAAUGGAUCAACAGAGCAACCAUCAACAAUGAACUUUAAUUUCAAUGUUUUUCCACAAUUCGGUUUCUUCUAG